AAGUAAAAAGUUAAACAUUCGAGCGGAUUGUUCGAAAAAUAUAAAAAAGUUUACGCCAAAAAAAUUUUUUUCCCAUGUGCAAUUUUUAUUUCUUAUUUUAAUUGUUUUUACUUUUUUAUUUUUUUUUUUACAUAAUUAGCGUGUCUUUCAAAUUUCGUUUUAUAAAUUGUGGGAUUAAUUUUUUAUUUGUUGCAAUAUAAAAUAAAUAUAAUAACAUUUAUUAUUGAUUCAGCUUUUACAAAAAAUAAGAACAGUUAAUUAAAAAAUUAUUUUUAAUUUAAAAAUUAAUUUUUUUUUGCCGCAAUAAUUUUUUGUUUUUUAAAGGCAAUAAUCGUUUUAAUUUGUUAAUUUUUUUUUUUUUGGCAAAGAGCCUCUUUAUAUACAUAAGUAAUUAAAUUGUUAGUCAUUAAAUAUCGGAAAGAUUGAAUUGUGAUAUUUGAAAAUUAAGAUUUUAAAGUUAUUUAAAAUUUUUUUAAAGAGUAUGUCAAAAUAAAAUUUACAAAUUAAAUAAUAAGAAAUUUACAUAGGGUUAUAAGUAAAAAGUAAAAAGCUUUUUUAUUGUUUUUAGAAAAUAUACAUAAUUCAAAUUACCUGAUAAGUUACAAAGAUUAAAUUUUAAAAAUAUGAUUUCUUCAAAAGUACUAAUCAUCCUCGGAAUUUUUAUCACAAAUAUAAUAGCGGCUACUGUUAAAGAACUAGAAAAUGAAAAUACUUUUAAGUUUAUAAUUUUACACAAUAACGAUAUGCAUGCUCGAUUUGAACAAGUUAGUAAAUAUGCGACAAGAUGUUCGCCAGAAGACGCAAAUAGCAACGAAUGUUACGGCGGAUUUGCAAGAGUAGCACAUGAAGUUCGCAAGUAUCGCAAUGAAAGUGAAAAUGGUGGUCUCCCCGUUUUAUAUUUGAAUGCAGGUGAUACUUAUACAGGAACGCCAUGGUUUACAAUAUAUCGGGACAAUAUUACAGCUGCAUUUCUAAACAUUUUGUCACCGGAUGCCAUUUCAUUAGGAAAUCAUGAAUUUGAUGAAGGUACUGAAAAUCUAGCAGAAUUUUUAAAUGAAGUUGAAUUCCCAGUUCUAACAGCAAAUAUUAAAGUAGAAAACACAUCAUUAGAGAAUUCAGAAUGGCUUAAAAAUUCAACUGUAUUUGAUAUAGCAGGAACAAGAGUUGGUGUUAUAGGUUAUCUUACUCCAGAUACUAAAAACAUAACAAAAGAUUGUAGUGUUGAAUUGACUGAUGAGAUUGAAGCAAUAAAUGAAGAAGCAAGAUCACUUAGAGAAAGUGGUAUUAAUAUAAUUAUCGCUCUUGGACAUUCUGGAUAUCAAAAAGAUCAAGAAAUCGCAAAAAAAUGCCCUGAUGUUGAUAUAGUGAUUGGGGGUCAUAGUCAUACUUUUCUUUAUACAGGGAGACCACCAAGUAAUGAGAUUCCUGAAGGAAUGUAUCCAACACUAGUUAAAAAUAGUAGAGGAAAAGAAGUUCCUGUUGUACAAGCUUAUGCAUAUACCAAAUAUUUAGGCAAAAUCGAAGUUGAAUUUGAUAAGACUGGAAACUUAGUAAACUGGAAUGGUAAGCCAAUAUUAUUGAAUGCCACUAUUCCAGAAGACUCAGAUGUUUUAGAAUUGUUGGAAGUUUACAGACCACUUAUAACUGCUUUAGAAACACAAAUAGUUGGAUAUACAAAAGUACCACUCGAAGGUGGUGGAGAUGUUUGUCGUAAAGAAGAAUGUAAUUUAGGAAAUUUAAUAGCAGAUUCCUUGGUUUUUAUAAGAGUCAGAGAAUUAAAUCAAACAUCACUUAAUUCCACAUGGACCGAUGCCGCUAUCGGUUUGAUACAAGGCGGAGGGAUUCGGGCUCCAAUUGAAAAACGACCUGACGGUAGUAUUACUUUAAGUGAUAUUCUUACGACAAUGCCAUUUAGAACUAGCAUGGAAAAAGUAACAAUGAAAGGUUCAACUUUAAGAAGAGCUCUUCAACAUUCCGCCGAUGUAUGGGAUAAAGAUUCAAAUGGUGGUUUCCUUCAAAUGUCUGGCCUUAAAGUUGUAUAUGAUAUGAGAAAAAAAGAAGGUGAACGUUUAAAGGAUGUUCAAGUUUUAUGUGCUGAUUGUUCAGUUCCAACUUAUUUUGAUUUAAAUGAUGAUGCAUAUUAUGGUGUGAUAAUGUCUGAAUUUUUGGCUGGUGGUGGUGAUGGAUUUGAUUUUACAGAUGCAACUAGAGAAUUGUUACCAUUAACCGAUUACGAAUUUUUAGUUGAAUAUAUUAAAGAUAAAACACCAGUAUAUCCUGGUAUAGAAGAUAGAAUUGUUAUUCAAGCAACGGGAGCUGGCUCCAGCAUAUGUGUGUCAAUAAUUUUAUUAGUUAUUAGUUUAUGUUCUAAAUUAUUUUUUUAAAUUAUAGUAAUAGUAACAUUUUAUUUUAGAAUUUUGUUUUUUUUUUAUAAAUUUUAAAUAUUUUCCAAAAUAAAAAGACUACAAAACUAAAAAUAUAUCUAAAAUAAGUAGAAAAUUAAAAGUUACUUUUUUUGUAAAAUUUUAAUAAAUAUUUGUAUAGUAUGAUUAAAGCUUUUUGGUACUUAAUAAAUUAAAAUAUUGCGCACUUUUUAAUUAAAAUUUGUAACAUGCAUCAAAAUUGCCAAUUUAAAAUUAUAAGGAAUUGAAAAAAAGCAGCGUUGAUGAAGUUUAUUUAACUCAGCAAAUUUAACAAUCAGGUCUUAAAUGAAGUCCUUUUGUCCUAAAACAAGAAAUGCAACAAUUGGUACCUAAUAUUAAAGAAAUUUAUUUUCAUUCGAACUUAAUAAUAUUAUUCUUUCGUUAUAUUAUUCCUAUAGUUUUAAUUAAUACGAAACAACCGCUGAACUCGUUAUGAUAAAAAAUUAUAAAAGGUGAAUGUAAUUUAUAUGAUAUGAAAUACACAGAGAGUUUGAAAAUUAAUAAUAUAAUAGUAAAAUAUCGCAAUUAGUAAGACUAUCCAAAUCAAGACG